AUGAAGUCUGCUCAACAGUCUGGCAAACUGGUGUCUAGUCUCUUUCCGGAAGAUGUCCGAAAGCAACUCUAUCAGGAAGAGGAAGCCAAAGUCAGAUCAAAGGAGAAUGAAAAGGGGUGGCUUAUUAGAUCCAGCACCGCUGGAGGACAUUAUGAUUCUGGUGGAGCAGAAGGUUUCACAAAGUGGAGCUCCACUCGAACACAUGUGGAAGUCUUUGAACUUUUGGAGGCACUCUAUGGGCAGUUCGACAGGAUUGCGGACAAGCUUAAUGUGUUUAAAGUCGAAACCAUUGGGGAUUGCAGGUGCACAUAUAUCGCUGUCACUGGGCUUCCAGAAGCACAGCCGGAACAUGCCCUGAUCAUGACCAAGUUUGCUCAAACCUGCAUGCGGAAGUUUCACCCUGUUCUUGUAUCUUUGUCCCCUACUCUGGGGGAUGAUACCCUAAAUGUCCAGAUGAGGGUUGGCAUGCAUUCAGGACCUGUGACAGGAGGUUUGUUGCGUGGCAAGAAGGCCAGGUUCCAGCUCUUUGGUGACAGCGUCAACACAGCGUCUCAAAUGGAAAGCAAUGGUCAGCCCGGAAGGAUCCACGCCUCGGCAACGACUGCCACUGAACUCCAAAAGCUUGGCAAGGCAGAAUGGCUGACUUUGCGAGAAGACAAGAUCACUGCCAAGGGGAAAGGUCUCAUGACAACGUAUUGGGUGAACCCCGGGGGAUCAGCGAUGACGACGACGAAACUGUGA